AUGCAGAGCCUUCCUCACCGUCGCCGCAGCGAUGCUGGCCCGCAAGCCGCAUCACAAGCACAAGUCACUACCACAGACCCCAGUCACAUCGAUGCGACAGAAAGACCCGCUUUGUCCUCCAAGCAAUGUGACAACAACACGGAUACGCUCUCUCACACGUUGCUGUCUUUGGACCACUCUGCUUCUAACUCCUUGAAUCCCCCCCUCACUGUGCCUGCCAUUUUCAAACAAGUGCAGGACCGCCAAUCCGGACGGGUUCCAGGCACUGAGUGGAACACAUAUCACGUAACCCCUUCUGAAUGGGCAACCCUGCGAGAACUCCUCGAAGGCAGUGACAUCUGUGAAAAGCUACGGGUUGAUUAUUUCUCCCAAACUGAGGCCUUUGUUCAGCGAAUGCCUUCCUUUACCCACGAGUAUACCUCUAGGAGGUUCCAUGAGCUCCUUAAGACAGGUUUAGCCUCGAUAUGCCAUGGUACACCAGAAGAGGGGCAGUUCAUGAAGCAAAUUAGGAGCGGUGGCUCCAGCGACGUGGACGGCGUCCAAGGCCCCAGCAUGCAUGAACCAGAUGAUUACAUCUUCUGUCGUGGCCAUCCUUUCUAUGGUCUUGUUUUAGAGGUGGCAUAUUCGCAGAAGUCUAAAGAGCUUGAGAACUUGGCCCGGUUCUACCUUUUUGAAGCCGAUCGAAAUGUUCAAAAGGUCAUUGGCAUCUCCAUUGACUAUGAUCGCUCCAAGAAAGUUACUUUGCACACUUGGCAACGCGACAGUUCCGACACAACCACUGGUGGUCAACUUCAACACUCCCUUCAAGAAGUGCGAACCGAGACUGGCGCGUGGGUCCCUGGUCCUCCUCUCCAAAUUUCCGUGCUCGACAUAGCACCACUGCACUCUGUCCCGUCUUCACUCUAUGGCGCAACCAUUCAGAUCCCGCUGGAUGAACUCUGUGAGGAAAUCGAGUAUGGGGAACGCACAACCACGGAAUUCAAGGAGAAGAGGAAGGCACGACAAUGUCAGAACUCGGAUCCCUUGGACCGCGAUGAUGAUGACUCUUCCCAACAGUGUGAGAGCGAUGAUGACGCAGGCACGGAGAGACUUGAUGAAGACUAUGUUCCAAGCCGAGUCGGAUGCAAAGGCUCUGAGCCCGGUGGGUCUCCAAUAGGAACCCGUAGCCGUACUAACGGCGCAUUCGACAACUGA